AUGUUGGACGACGAUACCCUAUACGCGAAAAUAGAGAAUACGAGACACACCUUCGAAGGGCUUAUGCACCAACAGCCUCCAACCACAAUCAUUCAACGAUUUAACGACCUUCUACAGGAAGAUGCAUCGUCCUGGAGCGACAUGUCUUCUGGACGCCGAAGUAUGCGAAGUCGUGCACAUGACAUUGCCAUAGCAAUUCGUAAGGAGCUAGGCCCUGAAGUAUUGCUAUGCGUUGUCUUAGUAGCAAGGACGGUCGACAAUAUGGCAUCACUGUAUCGAAAAAGCGACCUCAUACACAAACUUAACCAAUGGUGGGCUGCGGCUUCGCAUCCUCCAUCACUCACUAAAGCCGCUAGCGCAUUUAGUGGUUGUCAAGAACUUUCAAUCGAAGCGGCUACUGCCAGACAACACGUGGCUACUGCCGAACAAGGUGCGGCAGAUGCACUUGAGAGAGCGUUCAUGGUUGCGGCCCAGAGCAUUCCGAAUCUGCGAGAUCGAGAAGAUUGGCUUCUCUCUGCCGCCGCUCAUGCCCGUCUGCUGAGGCUGUUAAGCCGUCCUAAGGAUGCUUCUUGGGCUGCCUUUACUAGAACAGUGCAGUGGUAUGACGUGUCCCAGCUUAGCCGUUAUCUUGGAGCCUACCUUUCGAAUGGUAUACAAGAAAGUUGCAUAAGAAAAGCAGAAGAAAGGAAUGGUCUAAGGCUCACUGAUGCCGUGCGCAUGCUACCUCCAUUCGAAGAGAAUGAGGAUUUUGGAUUGGAGAUCUGGCUUUGUUUACCACUUGGAGAAUCAAUUGCGGAGAAAGUAAAACACAUGACAUCGAUCGAAGAGUGGGAGACCAUACUAGGGAACUCCCUCUAUACGGCAAUGCUACAAAGCAAAUUCAGGAAGUCGGAAGAGGAAAGAAACAUAUUACGCAGCAGCGCCGCUAGGAUCUCAUUUCCUGAUGGCAGAGACCGUGAUCACGAUAGCAAGCUGGCAAUAUUGAUCAGUUUUGAAUAUGGUACUGAAAUAUGGUCGAAUGCGUAUCCUAAACAACAGCCUUUUUAG